AAAAUUCCUAAAGCAAAGAUGGUAUAACAGAAAAUAGAAACAUACUACACUAAUAUAGAAAAAUACUACAAUAUAUAUACAGUUACACAUAUAUUUUAAUUCAUAGCAGAUUUACAUUUCGAUAAAGACACCCCCAAAUGACAGAACAACGGGAAUCUUCCAUAGUAUAAUAAAAUCUGCAGUAAUUCCUCCCCUUUUACAGUGAUUCACAUGUCCACACACACACAUAUAUGUGUAUACGUUUGGCUUGAAAGAUAACUUUUGCAAAAUAUGUCGACAAACAUUUUCCUGUAGUGUAUAUAUGUAGCCCUUGGGCACUCGGGACAUGUAUGUGUCAACUACAUGUAUGUCGCGUGCGUGUAAGGACUCUUGUCAAACGUCAUCGUAUGAGAGAGGUUCGAUUGGAUGAGAGUGUUGCACAGACUUUUUGUCCUAUUCCCGGCACAUAUUAUUUCUGUCCCCCGCUCCCUGUUCAUUCUCCAUCAUGCCAUUGGACAGUACAGACGACUAUAUAUAUCUAGCCCCGGAUUUUUUCACGGAUGGACACUGGGAUAGACUACCGGCGGGAUGGACAAAUGGGUUGUCACAACUUGCACCUCCUGACCUGGCCUUUCUACUUGACUCCUCACUGCCGAUUCCUUACAGGAAGGACCUUCCUUUGUCUUUGUUAGCGUUCAGGGAAUCUACGCAUGCUCUGUCACUCAACAGACAAAUAGUAGAUCUAGAGAAUUACCAGGUUGGAGAAGGACUUUUUUCAGCAGAUUCAGACAAAGAAAGGAAGGCCAUAGUUUCACCUGAUUCUGGUAUUACAAUACAAACUCAAGCCAGAGCUGAUAUCCAAUAUGGACAAUAUCUUCCACUCAAUGCCUGUUUCCGUGCAAAUGUGAAACCAAAAAAACAACAUGAGAUAUUACAACUUGGAAAGGCGAUACAGCUGUUGGGGAGUCAAUGUGGCUGUGUCCAUGUAGUAGAUGUUGGAGCUGGUAAAGGCCACUUGUCUAGACUGCUUGCCUUUGGGUAUGGUUUUAAAGUCACCACUGUAGAAGCUGCAGGCUGUCAUGCACCAAAAGCACAGAAAAUGGACAGAGCCAUUCAAAAGAAAAUACACAGAAAGUUAAAGAGAAAACAUCAAACAGAUCAGGACCUACAUGUUGAUACAAAUUCAGUUGAAAGCAGCAAAGAGGAUCCCACAGUCAAUGACAAAACACCACUGUGCAUGCCUGAUCAUGUGACCUGUCUCAUCCAACCUGGCACAAGUGCUGGGAAGUUUCUAGAAGUAGUUAAGGAUUCUUACAAAAAGCAGACAGAUUGUUCCGAGUUUGAAGAGAUAGAAAGAGUGCCAAAUGAAGUGUCUUCAAAUCGGUUUAUUGGAUCAAAAUCAAAAGAUUCAGAAUCUUGUCCAAAUAAUUUAGACUGGGAAAAGAGAUUUGGAACCUCAUACACGAAGAAAGAUUUCAUCAACUCACUAAACAUUCCCAGCAAUAGUGUCAAUGUAGAUACUACGAUAAUACAAUCAAAAGAGCAAGUAAUCAUAUUGGCUGAUGACAACCCGAGGCCAGGAUGUUCCACCUGUGAUGUUGAACCAACCCAAUCAGAUUCUCUUCCUGAUGAACUUUCUAGGACAAGUUUGUCAGUUCCCAGUGACCAAACAAAAUCAACUCUUCCAAAAUCAACUGUUCCAGUUGAUCUGACCCAGUUUGUCUUGACUGGUCUCCAUGCCUGCGGUGAUCUGACCCCCACCAUGUUGAGGAUUUUUACUCAGUGUCCAAACAUCGUUGGUUUAGCCUCGGUUGCAUGCUGUUAUAUGAAGCUUUCCUGCACUGGAGAGGGAACAGAGGACAACACUGAUGAUGUGGGAUAUCCGAUGAGCCAGUUCACAAGGAACAUCAGUGACAGCCAUCUGAGUUAUGAGGCCAGAGAAAUGGCAUGUCAUUUUGCAGAUUCUUACAAAGAAAGACUAAUUGCCAACCCACCAAGUCUGAAGUUACACUGCUACAGGGCUGCAUUACAGUACAUCAUUAAACAGACCUACCCAGACUUCAACCACGGCAGCAUUCGGCUCACAAUUAAACAUGCAGAGAAUCUGUCAUUUGAAAGCUAUGUGAAGAGUGCACUUGGGAGACUGGGGUUGGAUACCGAUGUCAAAGUCCAAGUUAUGCAGCAAGCAAAGAGUUAUCUCCCUUACUUGCAAAACGUCGUGGCCUUCUACACCCUACGUUUGUCGCUCGCCCCGGUGGUGGAGAGUCUCAUUCUGCUAGACAGGAUGCUGUACUUGUACGAACAAGGUAUACCAAGUGUUCUGUUGCCAAUAUUUGACCCUGCCCUCUCACCAAGGAACUUUGUGCUGCUGGCUUCCAGAAAAAAAUCCACAGACAUAAAAACUUCAUGAAAAAUCUUGUCUCCUUCAUCAAAGAACUUUGUGCCUCUGACUUUUAGGAAUUGGUCCAGAACAUCACAAAUCGUCAAGAAAUCUCUGACAUCUAGAAAACAUUAUGAAGACAUCAUUUACAGACAUUACUUGACUUGAUAAAUCUGUUGUGUUCUCAUUUACAUGGUUUACAAUUGUAGCAGGACUAGACUAGGCUGAAUGUGCUGGCCAAGUAGCUCAAAUGAUUGGAGCAUCCCCCGGUCUGGUCAUUGCAUCCCCCCUCUUUUUUUUUGGCCCAGAAUCAUUCACAAAAUUUUUUGUAAACAUACUUUUUUUUUGAUAGAUAAAUUUAAAUGAUUUUAAAAGCAUUUUUCAUUGAUAAUAUUGAUAUUCCCAACAAAAAGUUUUUAAUGAUUUUAACUGAAAACGAUAUGAAUAUUCCCACCAAACACGAAAUAAACACAUAUAGGCCAGUAAUAUUACACUAUAUCAUAAAAAAAAAUGCAAUAGUAACGAUUCCUAUCACAAACUAUUCAUAAAAUGUGAAUAAAUAACAUAUCAAAAGUAUCGGAAAAUACCGGUUGCGGAACAUACUUAAUUUUAGCGAUCAUUGUUGUACAAAAUAACGCAAAAUUGUUAUAGCGCCACGGCCUUCCAUACAUACAAAGGGAGGUAACUAGAUUGUUGUUGUUUGCCGAGACCUCCAUGUGUUCGUCGGUUUACUGAAAGUGUAUUGCAUGGUACGACUUCAAAUUACUUAGAAUAUUGUAUCAGUGAUAUUUGUUUAUGUAUUCAGUGAUGUUGUGUUAUCAUCUGUGUCAUGCCAUACGAGUCAGUGUUGUACAUUCAUUCAUAUUAGACACGAAAUCCGGCGAUUUCGUCUGCUUUCGUAUUAUGACGAAUGUAUGAUGCUUGCAUCCAAUAUUAUCCGAUGCUAUACUGAAUUAUCAAUAAAUAUAUCAGUAUUUGAUGAAGCACUCAUUAUAAUAAAAUGAAAUACAGCAUAAAUUUGUACAAUUUGGUGUCCUGUUACAGGAGGUUAUAACCCGAUCUUAAAAACUAUGGAAGCCCAGCAUUGCAAUACAUUGAUUGUGCAAAAGUGCCAUAUUUCAGACAAAAACACGUUUUAUCUGUCAUAGGACGGUUGUGUAUAGAAUUAAUUUGAUGUUAUAUAUAUUAACUAACAUUAGCAAAGUAUUUGCAACUCAUAAUAUUUAUAAAUUGUCCCGGUUUUGACAGUUUACUUUUUGUAUUAAAUAUAAUUUUUCAUAUUU